CCACUAGGCUCACUACCAUAGUGUAAUGAAGCAAGAACCCAAUAUUCUCUUUUUGACAACACUUUUAUUAUUCUCUUUUAUUUUUUCCUCUUCAUUUUCUCUAAAAAUUUAAUUAUGCAAACGCUGCUUAUACCGGCGGCUCGCUCCGGCGUUCCGCCGCCGUCUCCGGCGGUGACGACGGCAGCGCAUUUACACCUCUCGAGGCGAAUACCAGUCUCAACUCGCUUUCUCUAUCCUCCUUCAUCGUCGUCUUCAUCCUUCCUUUCUCUCUCCUCAACAAAUUCGAUAAAAAUGGUGCAUUGGCUUCCUCUAAUGGCGUCGUCUCCUGUUUCCACUGGUUUCUCUUCUCCCGUUGAUGAGUCUGAUCAGGUUAAACUAGCUCAGGUGGCUAAAAGACUAGAGAAAACAGCAAGAUAUUUCAAAAGGUUGGGCUCAUUUGGGUUUUGGGGGCAGCUAAUAUGCACAAUCGUUUCUGCUGUGAUUCUUUCAUUUUCCGUUGUCGUCACUGGGAAGAUCACUUCACCUAUUACAUUCUAUGCUACUGCGGGUGGUAUUGCUGCUGCAUUUAUUUCUGUUUUUUGGUCAUUUGGUUAUCUUCGGCUAUCAGAAAAACUUCGUAAAUCAGCAAAUGACCCUUCAAAGGCUCCCCCUCGUGCUGAUGUUGUCAGAAGUCUGAAAAAUGGAAUCGCUGUGAAUCUCCUUGGUAUGGGUUCUGCUAUAUUGGGAAUGCAAGCCACUGUAGGAUUACUUGUUGCCAAGGCUCUCACUACAUCUGCAAAUCCUUACUACCAGGGUGUAGCCCCUGGGUCGAGCCCUGUUCUUGCUCUGGAUGUGUUCUUGGUCCAGGCAUCGGCUAACACUAUACUGUCUCAUUUCUUUGGUCUUGUUUCCUCCUUGGAAUUGUUGCGGUCAGUAACAUUGCCAACUGGAUCUGCUCCUGCUGCCAAGAUGGCUUAGAGUUUUUUUUUUUUUUGGGUCUGUGCUUCAUUUCAUCUGUUUAAGAGAAGGUUCUUGAUGAUUUUCUCAUUUAUGUCACAAACGAAUGUUGUUGAUGAAUCUUGUAUUCCUUCCUGUUGAUAGCUGUGUUUGAACUACUAUGUCAAUAACUGGUGUAAUAAAACAAAAAAGGUUAGGGAGCUGAGAAUUUCGAGAGUAUUUUGCUCAUUUUUCACUAAUAUAAUGAAAUUUAUAUAUUUUGCUCAACUUCCU